CUGACAUCUGACCCGGAAGCGCUUCUAUCGGCACCAAACAAGAGGAUGUUCUAUUAGCCUGCUAGCUAACUGCUCACCUCGUCCGGGAAGCUGCAGUAGUAUUUUUCACCGCUAAAUGCGGUAGAAACAAUGCUCGGUGUCGGAUGUCUUCACUGGAAUGUUAACGAACCGGGGUUCUGUGUUUAUGAAGCCUGAGAACCGGAGCUAGUUAGCCGAAGCUAGUUAGCUUAGCUGAAGCUAACAUUAUUGAGGCCGGCGGCUGCAGCGUCUCGGAGCAGGUUUACGUGGAUGUUUGGCUCCGUUUGAGACCAAACAGACUCGUAGCGGUUGUUAGAUUAAAAGACAGCCUGCGGAUAUAUUUCUGGGAAUGCUCGUUCACCUGUCGAGCUAAAAAAAGUCGCUGCUAAAAGUGUAGGUGGAUUUGAUGGUGUAGCUAGCUAGUAUAUUAGCCGAAGAGAAAAGUGCAGUCAUGGACGAUUUUAGCUCGAUCAGCCUGCUGUCUCUGGCGAUGUUGGUGGGAUGUUACGUGGCCGGGACGAUACCUUUAGCUGUCAACUUCUCUGAGGAGAAGCUGAAGCUGGUCACAGUGCUGGGAGCCGGGCUGCUCUGUGGGACUGCACUGGCUGUUAUCAUUCCUGAAGGGGUCCAUGCACUUUAUGAAGAAUUACUUGAAGGUGGACAUCACAGCCCCGGUCAGGUUGGAGUUGUGGAGGCGUCCGAGGUGAAGAGCGAAGCAGAAGCAGCUCUGGGCGCCAGCGGGAAACACGAACACAGUCAUGAGCAGCUCCACGCCUGCAUCGGAGUGUCUCUGGUCCUGGGCUUCGUCUUCAUGCUGCUGGUGGACCAGAUAGGCAGCUCUCAUGUUCACAACACUGAAGAUCCAGAGUCAGCGAGAGUCACUUCCUCAAAAAUCACCACCACGCUGGGUCUUGUGGUUCACGCUGCCGCUGAUGGUGUGGCGUUAGGAGCUGCUGCCUCAACUUCUCAGACCAGCGUUCAGCUCAUCGUCUUCGUAGCCAUCAUGCUGCAUAAGGCUCCAGCGGCGUUCGGCCUGGUGUCGUUCCUGAUGCAUGCUGGUCUCGAGAGGAAUCGCAUCCGCAAACACCUGCUGGUCUUCGCCUUGGCAGCGCCCGUCCUCGCCAUGCUCACAUUUUUAGGCCUCAGUCAGAGCAGCAAAGAGGCUCUGUCGGACGUCAACGCUACCGGUGUCGCUAUGCUCUUCUCGGCCGGCACCUUCCUCUAUGUGGCCACCGUCCAUGUCCUGCCCGAGGUGGGCGGCGGCGGCCACAGCCACGCUCCUGCAGGCGGGAAUGGAGGGAAGGGACUGAGCAAAGUGGAGGUGGGAGCGCUGGUGCUGGGCUGCCUCAUUCCUCUGGUGCUGUCCGUCGGUCACCACCACUAGGAUCUCAGGCGGGUGUACAGGAGGAGAAAGAAGCUGAAACAGAGACUUCAGACGUCGUGGAGUUAAAUGUCUUAUCGUGUGUCGUCUGCUGGUGGACCGUCGUGGACCAGGGACGUCUUAUGACUUGAAAAAUGAAAAUGGGACAUGAGUUGCUGCAGUGACGGCCAAGCUACACGUUUUAUCUGCUGACACUGACAACAAAACGUGAAAACAGCUACUGUAUGUUUGCAUUCAUUCCACCAGAAGUCUUUUUUUUUUAUUAUUUACAAGAAGGAAGAGAUGGAGCUUUUUAGUUCAGUUGCUUUAGAUCAAUGUGGAGUUUUUGUCCAAAGUCGAGCCCUGAUUUCAGUACGGUGAUCUUUUACUAGAAGGCAGUUGCACAGCGAGAUUUAGAUAGACAAAAACUCACUUUUUUAGAAUAAUUGUACAGAAUUUAAAUCUAAAUAGCAAUGAUGCAGAUGAAUUUGAACGGAAUUAUAAGUGCCAUAUUAGCAAGUUCAAAACAGAUCCCUGAAGAAGGAGUUUGUAGAAGAGCUGAAAUCAUCCUGCAGACAGAAAUGAAACAGGAGAAGAUCAGCCAGAUGCUUUUUUAAUUUGGAUGAUGAGUUUGUCUACCAAGGGCAAAGUCUGUUUCCUGGCAUGAUGAGAAUCUCGUCUUCUAAAUCCUGAGCCCAGCGUGACGACAAACCGUUCAUUUUCACAACAUGAACUGUCCCUUUUUUUAUUUUAUGCGGUAAUUUCUUUUCCCUUUAACCCUGGAGAAUAACUGUCAUUGAGAUUGCAAAGAAAAAUAUCUAUAAAAUUGUCUUAAGUGAUUGUAUAGAGUAUGUUUAUUUAGAGGUGGAGGGUUAUUGUGAAUGAGAUUUGCUUUAUAGAGGGCGUUAGCUUGGUGGAUACCUUCAGGUACCGUCGGUUCAGGAGAUCAGGAGAAUUUUGAGCUUUUCUUCGUUUUAUUUCUAGUCGUUUCACUCCUCAUUAAUUAAUCAUAGAUGAGCAAUAAUCAUCAAAAAGUGAAACUGGGGCUCUUUCCUUCUCAGCAGGGCUCGUUAUGCGAUUCGCAUAUCGAGAUGUGACGGUUAGAAGGUCUUGAACGCAGCCCCGUUCUGACUUCUCGUCUCUGCUCCAGCACCAUUAAGGCGGUAACCAGUUGGAUGCAUAAAGUGUAAGCAGGCUGCUCCCUCUUCAAUCAGGACACGUGGACAUCUGAGCGUUAAUGUUUCACUGUGCCUGCUCACGGCAGAGCUCACGUGUAUGUACAUGUAUGUAAGUAUGUAUGUAUACUGUACAGAGCUACUUCUUCCCUCCACAGUCGUCAUGGUUUCCGGUGUGAGACGGAACUGCUUACACGCAAGUACUUUUUUUUAAUUUUCUAUCCUGAUUUUGUUUGUUUUGGAUGUCAUUGACUCAAGAGGCUACAGACUGUCAGGAGUCUCAGUUUUACGUGUAAAUUCAACGGUUUUACACACGACUUGUCAGUUAUUUCCAGCUGAUGUGAGGAGAACAAAAGCCACGGAGAUGUUUUUAGCUUCUCGGCGAGAGGAAGAGACCAGCAGCUGCUCGGCUGUUUUGUGUUUAUGAGAAGCUGUUUGUGUGUACAAAAGGGAAAACCCUCCCUCUGCUGUGUUGCUUUACUGUCAGAUAUGUUGGUGGGAGUUUCGUUAUGUGCUUCUCCGCUCUCUGAACGCUGCUGCAUCAGAAUCCCUGCUGAGAUUUGGAGUUUACGCCUCAAAAAAAAAGCCCUUCAAAUUCCUUCACAGUCCUUUUGCACAUAUGUGUUAGAGCUGCAGCUAUCUUUUAGUCUGAUGAUUAUUUUCUUGGCUAAUCAUUCGAUUUAACCCUCUGAACUCCACUUUUUUACAUCUGUCACUGCAAUUUAAAGUCCUGCAAUCUAUGGACACACGACAACCAUGACUAGAAGUAGAGGGAACUAAAAAACCUACACUUUUGUGUAGUAUAACAACGAUUUAAUGUCAUAAAUUCAAAAACAAGAACAACUUGAGUUCGAUCUGAUAAUUACAUUUUACGGAUAUUUAAAAACCCAUUAUCAACAUUUUUCCAAGUGCUAGUAAGUGUUACCGAUGCCGAAAAAAAAUAUGGUGGCACUGCAUGCUCAAAAUAGUUAACUUUUACAUUUUCUGAAUUGUUUACGUAUUUGUUUCCUAUCUAUUGUGUAAACACUGCUUGCAGUUCAGCCAGGUUUAUUUGAAAAGUCCCUGAAUUUUUGCCACUGGACUGUUGGUUGCAACUGAGUCACUAACGGCUUCUGGGUUGUACCAAGGAGUGCAGAUGUUAGUGGUUUUUUUUUUUGCAGAAUCCAAUUAGAGCAAAGCAAAAAAAUGGAAUGUGUAGAAAAACAGGAUUUCAAUGUAAUAUUAUGACUUAAGGCUGAGAUUUGGUUCAUUUUCCUGGUGGAAUGACAGCAGAGUAGUUUAUUGACCAUUUAAAAGUUGAAAAUCUCAAUGUUCUUUUUGAUUUUUCAUUUUCAGGCUCUGAAAAAAGAUGUCAUUUGGCAAUUUGUUAUUUUCUAAACAGAUAACAUGCCUUUCAAACCUGCUGCCAGAUUUUUGGGGUUCAGAGGGUUGAGACGUCAUCUUUUGGGCAAAUUUGCUUCAAAAGCUAAACUAUAAAUCAACUAUCAAAGUAAUUAGCAGAUGGGUGAGGUAGUUAAAAAAGGUCAAUAAAAAUAUUAACUCUUGUGUUUGCUCUUCACUUGUGCGAUAAAAGCACCUUUAAUUAACAUUGCUAAACAUGAUAGAGAUGUUCCAAAACAGACUUUGGUUCUAAAACAUAAGUAAAACCUUUUUUUUGUCAGCCUUGAUUAGUUAUAAUUAACGUUUUGCUUUGGGCCGAGGAAAGAAAGACAAUAAAGUUUGCAAUGUUUCGCACUGAAGUCUGUUUUUGAGCAUCUGUAUUAUGUUUGCUCUGUUAGUUGAAGGUGCUAUUUUUGCAUUUUUGGAUGUUCAGACAACAGUUGGAACCAAAUCUUUAAAAAAAUCUGCUAAUUUUAGUUUGAAUUUGAAGUCCAAUAUUUUGUUUAUUUAUCAUCGUUAAAGCAGCUCUAACCCACAUUGAUGUAACAGACAGAGUUACAUUUAUUAGGGUGUCUAUGCUAAACAGAUUUGGCUAUGCAUGUGUGCAAAUAGAGAAAAGUAUAAACUAUAAAUCCUCUGAGGUGUCUGCAGGUGGAUCUGAUGCUCAGGCUGAGAGAUGACGGCACAUUUUGGGGCCGACGGGGAUCAGAAAAACCGCUUAACAGUUGUAAUAAUUUCAACAGGGGUCGGUGUGUUUCAGUUUUGUUUUGUUUUUCUGUCAUUCCAGAAUGAGUCUGCCUUAUUUCCAUACUUUUGAUUGUGAGAAACAGUUGUAAAGCUGCGUGUUUUAUGACGACUAAAUUAAAGUUUUUUAACUGGUGAAAACA